GGCAGUGGUGUGAGCUGUGAAGCAGUUUGGUAAGCGGGGUGGGAUUGAAGGUACUAUGACAUGGAUUGGGAGGUGGGUAGCAGUAGUGGGUUGGUGGUUCUGUGACUGGAAGGGGGAUGUGGGUGGUUAGCAGGAGCAGGGUCUUUGGCAGUGCUGUGACCAGGAGAUGAAGGGGCUGGUGGGUAGUAGGGGAGGGAGGUGUGCAGUGGAAGCAAGAUUGGCAGCAAACCUGGGCAGGGAUGUGGGCCACAGUUGCAAUGGUGUUGGGAUAUCUGGGAGGUGGACAGCAGCAGCAGUGGUUGGAGGAAGACAUAGGAAGCAAUAACCUGGGGUUGUUGGGGUUAAGGAUCAUUGGCAGCCUCACUGUGACUUGGAGGGGACAAGUGAGGGAUGUCUCUGGCGGGGUUGACACUUGGGAGGGACAUAGGGGGUAGGAGUGUUAUCAGCUUUGACCUGUGUAAUUUGGAUGGAGGUGUAGUGAUUUGUAUGUCUGGGAAGUGGCAGCAAUGACAUUGUAACUUGGUGGCACUGUGACCUGUGGGAACAAUUGAUUGGCAGUGGUGGUGGUAAUACUGUGAGCUGGGCAGGGAAGGGAGGAGGUGGACAGCAGGGCAUGCCCUGUGACCUGGGGGUGAAGUGGGCAGGAAUGGCACUGAUGCUGUGGCCUUAUGGUGUGGUGGGCAGAAGCUGUACUGGUGGUGCUGUGACACAUAGGGGUAGGAGGGAUAUUGGAAGUAGCAAUGGUAUGGUGACUAUGGUGGGGGGUGAGCAGUGGUGCUGUGACUGGAGAUGGGUUAUGGUCCAUUGUGGCUUUCUGACUUGGGAAGCAGGGUGCCACCAUCAACACUACUAGCAGAGUACUCAGUGAGGUGAGGUGGAGGCAGUAUCAGCAGCUUUAUGGCCUGGGAACAAAAGAAAACAUUGGGACUGGGAGCACUGAGAUCUGAAGGUGAGGAAGGGGCAAGGUGACAUGGUGUUAGCAGUGGGAAGAGGUGAUGCUGUGACCUGGCAGAAAGCAUGAAAGCAGCAUAAUGAUGAGGGAGGGGAGCAGCACCAUAGUGUGGUGACCUGUGGAUGAGAAGAUAAGGGCUGAUGAGUCAGGGUAACUCACUGUGUUUCCAAGAAUUGCUUUUAUUUCUCUGUGAUUGCUUUGCACCACUCAAACUCCCCUCAUUCCCUGGUGAUCUGCAGGGAUUUCCCCCUGUCCACCCUUGCUUAUUUUAAUGGAUGGGAGCUCUUUGGCUUCUGACAAGGGGAGUGUGAAGUAGUUUGAAUUAUAAUUGCAAUAUAAUUAUUUAUGGUUUGAAUUAUGUACUACAGGUAGGUUCUGUCUCUGAAAUUAGGGGAGGCAGGGAUAGAUGAAGGCCUGAGUACAUGGGUAAUUGGUCUUGUUAUUUCCACUGUCCAAGACUGCAGUAAGGUAGCUGUUGGAGGUAAAGCCUUGUCUAGACUAGAGUUACCUGGGUUGUUCUUAACUUGAGUUGUGUAUCUCAAUUAUAACAACAUAAUGGAUCACAUGUACACACAGUAGACAUGUGUCUAAAAUUUUAGUCUCUUUCUAUGUACAUUGUUGCAUCAUUCAUUCAUGUUAGAGUCAAUGAUUUAUGCAUUCCAGAGUUCCUGGGCCAAGCUGAUUUUGCAUGGCCUUUUGAGAGGUCUCAUUUGUUCAUUUGCGGAUUCUAGAUGACUUUAAUAAAUGAUCUCAGGAAUUCACUGGACUGGAAGGCUGUACCCUUAUCAGCUACCUGGUUGUGAGCCCCUUUUCUUGCCUGGGAGCUUGGAUUCCUCACUUGAGUGCCUCUUGCUGUACUUUCCAGCAUCUUAUUUUUUCUCCAGCCAAUGAGAGUUCUCAGUGAGGGUGUCCUGAGUAGAUUGCUGAUCCAGGAAUGGCAAUCCUAACAACUGUGAAUUAUUGGUGAACAAGCUGCAGGAGAUAUUUCUCAGAUAUUGUGAUUUCUUUUAUUGAUUAAUGAAAUGCAGUAAAUUGAGUGUCGGUUCUGGGCCUAGUCCUCAAACAUAGUGUUGGGACUAUUGGUUCUGGAAACCUUGGAUGACCAGUAGUGAGUGCAGGCUUUCAGAUGAACAAGGCCAUGUUUUUGAAGUUGUCUGAGGAGUCCAUCAGGCUCAUAUGACAAGACCUCAAUAUCAGGUCAGAUGGGUAUGUGUUACCCUUUAGCAAGAGUCAGAUGUUACCAGUUUCCUAUCUGUUGGGAAUAAGGCUGGGGUUGGUAGGUUCAUUGUGGGUGCCCUAGUCUGUGGGGUUUAUUUGGCUAUAAAAGUGCUGGGCUGUAGACAUGUUGUGAAGGCGGCUAAUGUCCCUGAAAUCAUUGAGGGGUUCUUGCAGCUGGGAUGUACAGGAGCUAUACGUGCCCGUAAUCUGCUGUCCACAAAGUGCAAAUGACUACAUCAAUAAAAAGAGCUAUUACUGAAUUGUGAUUCAGGUGUUUUAGACCAUUAGGAGUGGUUUAUGGGUAUAAAUACUGCAAGUACUAGCAAAGUGCAGGACACCAGGAUGUUUAGGAACUCUGCAGUAUUUGUUUGUGAGCAGGCAAGAACGCUUUUCUGAAGAACAACAUAUACAUCAAUGUUCCCACUACUAUUCUUGGGGACUUUGCUACCCACUGUUUCCGUGGGUCAUUACGAGACUUACCCUGACUCAAGGCAGCCAGAUAGAAGACAUCAUAACUAAACCUUGGCAGAUGGAUUGAAAGUACUUCUGGACGGCUCAAGACAUGAUGGAGAAGCUUACUUAAUCAUAAUGACUGGUCGCUACAAAAUGUUCUUGCGGUGAUAGGAACGUGUUUCUGCAUAUUUGACUUUUCCAUCAGAGUAGUUGGCAAACACAAAUGCCUUGCAAGCAGCUUCAGCCAGCCCGAAAGCAGACUACUGGCUCAUGGGUUUAGCACCAGGUAUCAGGAGUGGCAGCCAGAGUUUCCAUUGCAUGUUAAUACAUUCUUAAAGAUUGGACUUUGAGAUUAAUGAACAUAGUUACCAGGAAGUUGUCUUGUAACAUCAUCAUUAGAAGAAAUUCUAUGUAGUUCUAAUAUUUCAUAGAGGGUGCCGUUCUACAAAAAUGAUUACUUCAGAUUUGCCAGUGUUACAGGAUUCAACAAAUGAAACUACUGCACAUUCAGAUGCUGGCAGUGAGCUUGAAGAAACAGAAGUCAAAGGAAAGAGAAAAAGGGGCCGUCCUGGCAGGCCUCCAUCUGCCAAUAAGAAACCUCGAAAGUCUCCAGGAGAUAAGAGUCGUUCUGAACCUGGAACUAGAGGAAUAGGUCGUGGAAGAGCUAAUGGUCACCCUCAACAGAAUGGAGAAGGCGGGGACCCUGUCACUUUGUUUGAGGUGGUGAAACUGGGGAAAAGUGCGAUGCAGUCUGUGGUGGACGACUGGAUUGAAUCAUAUAAACAAGACAGGGAUAUAGCACUUCUGGAUUUAAUCAACUUCUUUAUCCAGUGUUCAGGAUGUCGAGGUACUGUAAGAAUUGAAAUGUUCAGGAACAUGCAAAAUGCAGAAAUCAUCAGGAAAAUGACUGAGGAAUUUGAUGAGGACAGUGGUGAUUACCCGCUUACCAUGCCUGGGCCACAAUGGAAAAAAUUUAGAUCAAACUUUUGUGAGUUCAUUGGAGUGCUGAUUCGACAGUGUCAGUAUAGCAUCAUUUAUGAUGAAUAUAUGAUGGAUACAGUGAUCUCUCUUCUGACUGGUUUGUCGGAUUCCCAGGUCCGAGCUUUCAGGCAUACCAGUACACUUGCUGCUAUGAAGCUUAUGACUGCUCUUGUGAAUGUUGCCUUAAACCUGAGUAUUCACCAGGAUAAUACACAGAGGCAGUAUGAAGCUGAGAGAAACAAAAUGAUUGGUAAGAGAGCUAAUGAAAGAUUGGAGCUGCUGCUUCAAAAAAGGAAAGAGCUGCAAGAAAACCAAGAUGAAAUCGAAAAUAUGAUGAACUCUAUUUUUAAGGGUAUAUUUGUUCAUAGAUACCGUGAUGCUAUUGCUGAGAUUAGAGCCGUUUGUAUUGAGGAAAUUGGAGUGUGGAUGAAAAUGUACAGUGAUGCCUUCCUGAAUGAUAGUUAUUUAAAAUAUGUCGGUUGGACACUACAUGACAGGCAAGGUGAAGUGAGGUUGAAGUGUUUGAAAGCUCUGCAGAGUCUGUACACCAACAGGGAGUUGUUCCCUAAACUGGAACUAUUUACUAACAGAUUCAAGGAUCGCAUUGUAUCAAUGACACUUGAUAAGGAAUAUGAUGUCGCUGUGGAAGCCAUUCGAUUAGUCACUCUAAUACUUCAUGGAAGUGAAGAAGCUCUGUCCAAUGAAGACUGUGAGAAUGUUUAUCACUUGGUGUAUUCAGCACACCGGCCGGUUGCAGUAGCAGCUGGGGAGUUCCUUCACAAAAAACUGUUCAGCAGGCAUGACCCCCAGGCAGAAGAAGCAUUAGCGAAGAGGAGAGGACGGAACAGUCCAAAUGGGAACCUCAUUAGGAUGUUGGUUCUUUUCUUUCUUGAAAGUGAGUUGCAUGAACAUGCAGCUUACUUAGUGGAUAGUUUGUGGGAGAGCUCUCAAGAACUACUGAAGGAUUGGGAGUGCAUGACAGAAUUGCUACUGGAAGAACCAGUUCAAGGAGAAGAAGCAAUGUCUGACCGACAAGAGAGUGCUCUGAUUGAGCUGAUGGUGUGUACAAUUCGACAAGCUGCUGAAGCACAUCCACCAGUGGGCAGGGGAACUGGCAAGAGAGUGUUAACUGCAAAAGAAAGGAAAACUCAGAUAGAUGACAGAAACAAAUUGACUGAACAUUUCAUUAUUGCGCUUCCUAUGUUACUUUCAAAGUAUUCUGCUGAUGCAGAGAAAGUAGCAAACCUUCUGCAAAUCCCCCAGUAUUUUGACCUGGAAAUCUACAGUACAGGCAGAAUGGAGAAGCAUCUGGAUGCCUUGUUAAAGCAGAUUAAGUUUGUUGUGGAGAAGCAUGUAGAAUCAGAUGUUCUAGAAGCCUGCAGUAAAACCUAUAGCAUCUUGUGCAGUGAAGAAUAUACCAUUCAGAAUAGAGUUGACAUAGCCCACAGCCAGCUGAUCGAUGAAUUUGUGGACCGAUUCAACCAUUCAGUAGAGGAUCUGCUGCAGGAGGGAGAAGAAGCUGAUGAUGAUGAUAUAUACAAUGUGCUUUCCACUUUGAAGAGAUUAACUUCUUUUCAUAAUGCUCAUGAUCUCACAAAAUGGGAUCUGUUUAGUAACUGCUACAGAUUACUGAGGACUGGAAUUGAACAUGGAGCCAUGCCAGAACAGAUAGUUGUUCAGGCACUACAGUGUUCUCAUUACUCUAUUCUCUGGCAGCUGGUGAAAAUCACAGAAGGGUCCCCCUCCAAAGAGGACUUGUUGGUAUUGAGGAAAACUGUGAAAUCCUUUCUGGCUGUCUGCCAGCAGUGCCUAUCGAAUGUCAACACUCCAGUCAAAGAACAGGCUUUCAUGCUGCUCUGUGAUCUCUUGAUGAUUUUUAGCCAUCAGCUGAUGACUGGAGGUAGAGAGGGUCUUCAACCUUUGGUGUUCAAUCCAGACUCUGGGCUCCAGUCUGAACUCCUUAGCUUUGUGAUGGACCAUGUCUUCAUUGACCAAGAUGAUGAGAACCAGAGCAUGGAGGGAGAUGAAGAAGAUGAAGCUAACAAAAUAGAGGCUUUACAUAAAAGAAGGAACCUUCUGGCAGCCUUUAGCAAACUUAUUAUCUAUGAUAUUGUAGACAUGCAUGCAGCAGCAGAUAUCUUCAAACACUAUAUGAAGUACUACAAUGACUAUGGCGAUAUCAUUAAGGAAACAUUGAGUAAAACAAGGCAAAUUGAUAAAAUCCAAUGUGCGAAGACACUGAUUCUCAGUUUGCAGCAGCUGUUUAAUGAGCUUGUUCAGGAACAAGGUCCCAAUCUGGACAGGACGUCUGCCCAUGUCAGUGGGAUUAAGGAACUGGCCCGUAGGUUUGCCCUCACCUUUGGGCUGGAUCAGAUAAAGACAAGAGAAGCUGUAGCCACGCUGCACAAAGAUGGCAUAGAAUUUGCCUUCAAAUACCAGAAUCAAAAAGGACAAGAAUAUCCACCUCCUAACCUUGCUUUCCUUGAAGUGCUUAGCGAAUUUUCUUCUAAACUCUUGCGGCAGGACAAAAAGACUGUUCACUCAUAUUUGGAGAAGUUCCUGACAGAACAGAUGAUGGAAAGGAGGGAAGAUGUAUGGCUUCCACUGAUUUCCUAUAGAAAUUCACUAGUUACUGGGGGCGAAGAUGACAGGAUGUCUGUGAACAGCGGAAGUAGUAGCAGCAAAGCAUCUUCAGUGAGGAAUAAGAAAGGACGACCUCCACUUCACAAAAAAAGGGUGGAGGAUGAGAGUCUGGAAGGCUCAUGGCUAAACAGGAACGACACCAUUCAAACUCCCGGGGCUCUGCAAACACCACAGCUCACUUCAACUGUAUUGAGAGAGAACACUAGACAAAUGGGAGAGCAGAUUCAAGAGCAUGAGUCAGAACAUGGAUCUGAACAAGAUUUUUUACACAAUCCCCAGAUGCAGAUAUCUUGGUUGGGCCAGCAGAAGCUAGAAGAUUUAAAUCGAAAGGACAGGACAGGAAUGAAUUACAUGAAAGGGAGAAGUGGUGUAAGACAUGCAGUACGGGGUCUAAUGGAGGAUGAUGCUGAGCCCAUCUUUGAAGAUGUAAUGAUGUCCUCACGAGGUCAGCUAGAGGAUAUGAAUGAGGAAUUUGAAGACACCAUGGUCAUUGAUCUGCCACCUUCAAGAAACCGACGAGAACGAGCUGAAUUGAGGCCGGACUUCUUUGACUCUGCAGCUAUCAUUGAAGAUGAUUCAGGAUUUGGAAUGCCUAUGUUCUGAAGUCUGGGGAAGACGUUUUACAAAUUUGGAACUCUAUUGUUUAGAGCUAGAGGCCUAUAUACUGUGAUAGCUUGUAUGAAAACCACAUUUUUGAUGUGAUAUGGUUUGAUUUUUAACCAAAUGAAUAAGGUCAAUCCCAUUUUGUAGUGAAAGAGGAGAAGAGGACCUUCUUAAUGAUACAAAGGAACGUUGGCCAAUCCAAUCACCUCAGAAAGGCUGACCUAAAAGAAUCAUUUGUAUCCCUGUUCUUGACUGUCCUUAUACAGAUGUUUUUUUUCUGGAUGGGAAGGGAGUUUUAAAUUGUUAAGACAGCUGUCAAAAUAAACACUGUUCUACACAUGUUUUCUGAAAACAUUGAAUGAAAACAAAAAACUUUUUAACUUUAUUUUUCUGCUGUACAAUUUAAAACUGUUUUAACAUUUGCCUUUUUAUGUUUUAAAAGCUAGCCAUUUUUAUUAAACCUAUGCCUGUCAGCGACUGACUAGCAAUGAUGCUAUAAGCAGGUCAUCCUGGCUGCAGAAAUGUGUUUUUAAACACACUGGAUUUGAUUAACAGUAUGGUACGUGUAUAUCCUCUCAUAGGCAUUGAAAAGAGCAGAACACUCUCUUACAAAAGAGGUUAGAAUUCUAAUGAAGUGCAUCUCUGCCAAAAAGUCAGAUUCUGAUAUGAUAAACCCAGAUUUUAUACUCUUGAGAAGAUUUAUUUUUAUUUAUAAUGGGGCAUAAAAUAAGAGAUGUCCAUGAAGCCACUUUUCCAACAGAUGCUGUGUAACAUUCAUUUUAUAUAGCACUAGGGGACACAAAAACAGUACAUUUUCUAUUGGUACUUGCUCUGUGCAUUUUUAGCAACUUAUACCAGCAAAUAAAGUAUUCUCAGUAAAACACACAAAUGGUUCUCAAGUAGUCACUUUGCUGUUUUUACUACCUAUUUCGUGCCCUGCCAAUCCAAGGUACAUAAACAGCAACUUUCCUAUAUAAAAUAGAUCAAGGGGGGGAAAAAAGGAAUCGCUUUAGCAUUCUAAAAGCAAUUUUAACUGUACCAUAUAAAAAUGUCUACUUUCCAUGCCGCAAAUACCCUUUUGUGCUAUUUUUGUAAAUUAAUUUUGCCAGUUAGAAGUACUGUAUGUGCUGCAUAGAAAUUUGUGCUUAGAUGGUGAAGUUCUUAAGCUUACAAUGGAAUACAGCUACAUUUUCAGUGUUAACUGUGCAUAUUAAAAGUAAUUCUUUGAAAAAAAUACAAUUUUUCAAAAAAGUAAAGAAAACCCAAAAAGUUCUCAGCUAAUUCAUUGUAAUAAGAGAUUUUCAGUGUCUUCAAUGAUUUGGAAUCUCAUUAUGCUUAGAUUUUAUGACUCUGCCUAGUAGCUGCUACUGUAGUUUAAAACUGGCCUGAUAUUCAGAGGUGCUGACCACCCACAACUCCCACUGACUAAAGCACCUCUGAAAAUCAGCACCAAAACGUUAAUCUUCCUUUCUGAGUUUGAAUGUUAGCAUUUGAGAUACAAAGCAUAUUGACCCACUUCAAGCACAGCAGGUUUAGAGUUGCUUUUAUUAGCAACUGCAAAUUUAUCAUGGAGCUUUCUCUUUUACAAUGUCAUUUGGAAAAAAACAUGUACACUUAGUACUUACCUUUGGGGAGGGAAAAACAACUAAUGUAAAAACAAAUCAUUCUUUUCAUUUAACAGCUGAGAUUUUUCUCAAUGUGUACAGUUCUCAGAAAGACUUGGUUGCCAAAAAUGUUUAACUUGGUAAUUCAGCCAUUCCUCAAGUGUAGAUGGGUGACUAUUGCAACAGCCUCUGAGGUUGCUGGAUCAUUUCUUUAUAACUAGGGCGCAGGUUACCCCCAGGGGGUACAGGGUGGGCAGGAAUGGCUGCAUUAUCGUGUCAGCACUGUAGUUCUGUGAGCAUAGUAGCAUAAUAAAUGCUGCAUGGUUUGAGUCAUAGUCACAGACAAACCUCGUGCUUCACAGUCCUCUGUGUGGAAAAUUGAACCCUGAGUUAUAGAUUGUAGACUACUGUAUAACACAACAAAGAUCACUUGGACAGCCCCUCCAAUGGUUUCCAGUUCAGUUUGCAGUCAAUAGGUUUUUUGUAUUGAGAGUGUCUCCUUGAUUGGUUUUGCUAGUAAUUCUGUAAAUUGUACAUUUACAAUAUGAGGUUUUUUUUUUUCCUUUUGUACAAUUUAAAACUGAUGCUUCACCUUUCCUUUAAUAAACUAUUCAAAGUCA